AUGCCAGCCACGACCUCUGACCCAUCCAAACCGCUGUGGUCACUCCCGAUCCGUGAUCGACCACCCCACGGCUCCCUCCUGCGCGGUCUGAUCUGGGCCUCCCUCUUCAACCUCGGCAUUCUGCUCACCCACGUCCUGCAACUGCUCCUCUCCCCACUCCUCUGGCAUCCUCGAACACGGUCCACAUUCCACCGUUGGACCAAAGCGCCUUUCGGGAGGUUGUGUGUGUGGAUCAAUCAGGCAUUCGCGCCUACGUCGUUUGUGAUCAGUCGGGGAGCGGGUGAAGUCGGUGGUGAUGGGGUCGAGGAUAUUGAACAAUGGAUCACAAGGGAUAGCAGGGGUAGAGUCACGAAGUUGGACUUACCCAAAAGGGCUGUUUGGGUGAGUCUUGAAUACAGAGAGUGGCACCGCUGGAACGCAUGCCCUCCUGUUCUCGGCUCGGCUUGGCUCCAAGUGGGGCACCGCCGCUAGUGUGCCCAAUUCGACCCCACUGAACUCAUCCCCCAUCCCUCCCUUCUCAACAGAUCUCUAACCACCAAACCCUGUGCGACUGGAUUUUUAUCUGGGCCUUCACCUAUCUCUCCGACCACUCCAACUCGGUCGUCAUCACCCUCAAAUCGUCCCUGCGCAAAAUCCCCAUCGUCGGCUGGGCCUGCCACUUCUACUCCUUCAUCUUCCUCAACCGUAAAUGGUUGACCGAUCAGGAACCGUUCAAAAAACAACUCAGAUCGACCGCGGAUGAUUUGAAGAAUGGGUUGGGGGGAGAUGGGGAGGAAAAGUUGGCGUUGUUGAUCUUCCCUGAGGGGACGUUGGUCACGGGGAAUACGAGGCCGAUCUCGGCCAAGUUUGCCGAAAAGAUGCAGAGUAAAACUUCCUGGCACAGGUACCGAUUUCUUUUCUGUGCCUGACUUAAAUUCGCUUUAUCCCCUUCUGCCCAGUCCAAGAUUUCACCCACGUACUCCUCCCUCGCUCCACAGGCCUCUUCUACGCCCUGCGCGAACUCUCCCCUCGCAUCCCCGAUCUCCAUCUUGUAGACCUCACCAUCGCUUACCCCGGAACACACGUCCCCACACCCCAAGGUUUCAAACCGACCUGGCCCGAAGAUUUCUACUCCCUCGGAAUCUGGUUCCAUGGCGUUCCACCUCCUACGAUACACCUUCAUAUUCGCGUGUUCGAAAUGGGUAAGAUCCCUUUAGGUGCUGGUGGGAAGGUGGAGGAAGAGGACGAGGAAGAGAAUCGGAAGAUAUUUGAUGAGUGGUUGCGUGAGAGAUGGGGUGAAAAGGACGAGUUGAUGAAAAAGUUCGUCAAAGAAGGGUCCUUCACAGGUACGAAGAAGGAGGAGAUGGGGAAGCGAACAAAGAGUGUCGAAUGGCCUGUCGAAGUGAGAAACCCCUUUUGGGAAAUUCCCGGAGCGUUUUCGUUCGGAUUUCCCGUCUUAGCUCUACUGGUAUUAACGGGCCUAUGGAAGGGAUGGUUCUUCGGGGGAAGUCACGGGGAGAUGCUGGAGAAGGUCUCGAGACCUUGUUGCGCUGAAGCGGCAAAGAAAGCAUUGGAGGCGAAGAAGGCACUCAGCGGGGAGCUUUGA